AUAAACUAAACGGGUUUUUUUCACAGAGGAGGUCUGCUUCCGGUCGUUUAAGAUUGGUAUUUCAGCACAUGUCGACCUUGAGGACACUGGCUCGCUUUAUAGUGAGACGUAUGCGUAUCACGUCUGAGAUCGCAACCUUUCAGAACGAGGCUGUGCUGGCAGACGACAAAUGAAUACUCUAAACUUGUCUUCGUGACAUCAUAGUUUGACCCGAUGUAUGGAUACAAGAUGAUAGCAUGUGUUUAACGGCAUAUCCGCCUCCUUCGUGAAGUGAAGCGUUAGGAAAUAGCAAGCAUUUCCUGAACUGACGGGAAAGAAAUAUUCAGCGUUGUCAGGCUUAAUGAGGAUUCUCUGGACGUAUUAAUAGUGUUGCAUCACGGGACACACGUGAUGAUGGGGGUAGGUUCAGAUCAAACUGAGUGCAGGCUUUCAAGACACGGCGCCAUUGACUGUUUUUGUUGCUUCGUAGAAGUUCUAGAAGACCCCAUCCUUUUCAACUAACUGUUCCAGAGAAGGUUCGUCUUAAAAGAAGCAUUGCUCAUAUACAGAGUAUGAUUCUUGGUAUGUUGACAGGUCGUUCAGAUGUUAACACCAAUCAAUGAAUUAAGGCAACUUCGGACGUUUAUUGAAGGGAGUCAUCAUGUGUAGGAAUGGUUCGUACUUGUUUGAGACAUUGAACUCCUACUGCGUAACCUCUGAGGAUCUCGCCAUCAACAUUUGCAUCGCAAUAGCCGCUGUGUUCAUCGUCGUCAUUAACGUCAUGGCGUUGGUGACCUUACGGAGCUGCUCCGAUAUGGACGACCCCUCCAACUACUUCAUCACCAAUCUUGCCGCGGCGGACGCCUUGACGGGGAUAUUUGUACUCUACGACACCGUGUACAACGUUCUCCAAUUCAAGAAUUACAUCGAGUGUGUGAUCCGUGUCGGUCUUUUUGCCGCCGUCAAUCUAGCUUCUGUACUGAAUCUUACAACGUUGACGUUGGAUCGCUAUGUUAAGAUCACCUUCCCCUUUGCAUACAUACGUCACGUGUCAUUCGUGAAGGUGAAGGUCAUUGUGGGGAUGAUAUGGAGUUUAUCAAUCAUUGUCGGUUCUCUCCCUUUCUUUGGAUGGAGCUCGAUGGAUAUUUCCAAAGUUUGCAGCGUGUUCGGGAUUAUGACGUCAUCGUAUCAGUUGUUCCUGAUCUCGUUGUUUGCCGUUCCCCUUUUGGUAAUAAUUUAUGCAUACGUUAAACUAGUUAUCCUUGCGCAUGAACACAGUCGGGAGAUUACGUCACUCCAGGGAGCCCGCGCAAGCGGCAGGAACUUUCUCAAGACGUGGAGGUCGGUGAAGACGGCGUUAAUUAUUGUCGGAGCGUACUUCAUUUGCUGGAUGCCCGUGGGACUGUUCACUCUGCUGGUUCUGCUCACGGACAUCCGAGCGUCCCUACCAACUUCCCCAGACGUCGUCUUCACGUACCUCCUUGGUAUCGGCGUCCUUAACAGCGUCCUCAACCCGAUCAUCUACGCCACCAAGAUCCCAGUGUUCAGGAAGCGCCUCAGGACCGUGUUCUGUGUCAGCCGGGUGCAGCACAUCCACCAAAUGUCCGUCAGAUCAGCCGCCAGUUUGUUCAGAGGAGAACCUAGCUCUCCCAGACGGCAAACAUCGACGUCCUUGAACGAAGAUCUGUCUUAAUAAUAGGGCGGAUAACAGACCAAAAUAGACCAAAUCGUUCACUUUGUGAUACAAGCACCAAAGUUGGCAUGAUUGCUCACUAUGUGCUCCCUGUUCAGAAAAUAACGUUGGCCAGUCAAAAAUCCAAGAUGGCCGUCAUUUUUCAAGAUGGCCUCCACUGUUUGAACAAAAAUAGUAUCUUUUUCCUUUGACCAUUAUUUAUGACAGAUUUCGUUCAUCCAGAUGUCUAAUUUCACUGGUUGCAGAACCAUGUCUUGUUUAUUUAUAAUUUCGCAAUGGCAACAGGUAAACAGUGUAUAGUGGUCUGCAGGCAUUUGUUUCUUUAACGACAAACAUGUACGUCCUUGAACGAAGGCCUCUCUUAAUUUCGCAAAGGCAACAUCUAAACAGCUUUUAUAACACCGUAGGCGUGAGAUUCUGAUUAAGAGCUGAUAUUACUGUGCAGACAAGAGUUACAAUAGCGGGAAACACCUUGUACUUAAACGAAGACUGUGUUUAACUUCCUAAAGGCCAGGGUGUAACAGCUCAUAUUAGCAAUGGACUUGCUACAAAGAACCUACUUCUAAUUCAAUUUUUUUAUUAAUUUCUAUAACCAACAAUCAUUUUACUUGAAUGAAUAUGUUUUUGAAGGUUGAGUUGAUUUUGACAACCUAUCUCAUAAUAACAAUGCUUAUGUCAGUGUCAUAAGGGUCCAGCUGUAAAACCGUAAAUGUUCUUGAAAAUAAAUGAUUAAUUAAUUUGUAAGGUUCUUC